UAGAAGAAUGGAUAACAGCAGUUUUUCUUUGGUGUGGCUUGUCUGUUUUUCCUUCUUUUAUCAACCAUGUCUCGGUAUGGAUAAAACAAACUGUGAAGUCAUGGAGAGAAACUAUUUUGAGACAUAUGGAUAUUUAGUGUUUAAUAAAUGUUAUGGAUUUGAGAAAAUGAAUUUCACAGUUGCAACAUUUUGUACAGUGGAUAGAUUGAAUCUACAGAGUUCUCUACAAGCAGUACCAAUGGAAACUGAUUGGCUUUGUCUACACUUCUUUACUGGCACCAUUCCACCUGGAAUUUUUUCUCAGUUUACCAAUUUGAAACAUUUAUACGUAUAUGGCAUUUUACAUCUAUUAUCUGAAAGUUUUGGAGUUCUUCCACACCUAUCUACACUUUGGAUUAAAGCAUUUAAUUAUUCCAUUGUUGGAAAAGUUGACCUUGGAGGAUUUGAAAAUCUGCAAGAGCUCAAAUUGUCUGGGAUCCAUUUUUCAGAUUUGAACUAUUCCACAUUUGAGAAUUUAAUCCAGCUAGAGCGUCUCACGUUAACUCGCAAUAAUAUAUAUUUUUUGUCAUCGGUAACGCAUCAUUUAACAAAAAUGAAAUCCUUGCAAUAUUUAUUCAUUGAUGGUAAUGAGAUUACAGAACUAAGAAAAGAGGAUUGCCUUCUUGAAAACUCAUAUUUGGCAAAUCAGUAUGUGAGAUUAAAUAUUAGCUUUUUGAGCCUGAAUGGUUUCCAAAUAACAAAUGUUGGGAACAAUUCAUUGUGCAAUUUCCCCAGUUUGUCAUUUUUUAAAGUCAAUAUUCACAGUUUGGUUGCUGAAAAUUUAUUUUAUUCUGGGAUUAAGAAAGUUAACAUCCUUUCUUUCCCAUAUGUACAGUUUGGACAUUUGGAUAUCUGUUUAUAUGUAUCAUUCUUUAACAUAGAAGAAUUUCAGCUCCUGAAUACAGAUAUAAAAGAAAUUGAUACAUCCAGUGGUUCAUGUUCAACUCUAAGAUUGUUAGAUGUAUCUUAUAAUUUAAUACAGAAAGUUUCUGUCUCACAAGUAAAGAAAUUAAAAAAUCUCAGGGAUCUCAAUAUAUCCAACAACCAAAUUACAAAAUUGGACAUUUGCCCUUCUGAAACAUCUUCAACUAAAAUGGAGCUUGUAUACCUGAAUGUAUCAUUCAACUAUAUAAAAUCAUUAAAACAAGGUCAGUUUGCAUGCCUAAAAAACCUAAAGGUUUUAGUUUUAAACGACAACAAAAUUCAUACUAUCAAAAACUGCACCUUUUGUGGAUUAGACCAAUUGGAAGUUUUGAAAUUGGAAUAUAACCAAAUAUACAUGAUCAGGGAAUAUGACUUUGAAGGCCUUUAUUCAUUGAAACAACUCGAUCUAUUUGAGAAUGCAUUAGAAUCCGUUGACGACUGGGCAUUUGAGGAUCUCAAAAAGCUUGAAGAAAUCACUCUGACUUUUAAAUAUAAUUUGGAAGAGAUAUGGUGGUCUAAGCACAUUGCCAGUUCUCUAAGGAAACUUACUUUAAAAACUAAUGAUAUGUAUAUUACACUUCUACAACAACAUUUUAGUAUGUUUUAUUACUUAGAAAGUUUACUCAUAGAGGCUACUCAUAUUUUCGUUGACUUCUGCGAAGAAUUCCCAUUUUAUAAAGUCAAAGAAUUAAAGUUAGUAAACAACGUUGUCUUCAGGUGUUUGACAUUUGAACAAGCAUUAAGCAAUUUCAUUAAUCUAGAAAAACUACAGUUUACCUCAAAGUUGGACCAGACCACGGGAAUGUUUACAUUAAAUUCUACUUUAAUCCAUUUAACAAAACUUGAAUAUUUUUGCUUGGAAAACACAGAAAAGUUGGUUGAGACUGCACUUAUAAAUUCAGAUGAGUUAUUUCAAGGUUUAGUUAACCUAAACAUUUUGCAUUUGAUCAGCUCAGGAAUAGACUAUUUAAGCUCAGAUGUAAUGUUUAAAGACUUGAAAUCACUGUCAUUCUUAAUAAUAGAAAAUCAACAAUUAGAAGAACUAAAAGAAAAUGUUUUUUCUCCGAUGAAUAACCUGAAAUACAUUUAUUUGCCUGCUACAAGCAUUGUUUGCAGCUGCCGUCUGAUGUGGUUAAACCAGUGGCUCUCGUAUAACAAGCAAGUUUCGUUUAUUGAUUUUUAUUAUCAGACCUGUUUUCUUCAAAAACAAAGUAUGGAAAUAAAUCUUGUUUCAUUCUUAGAAAAAAAUUGCAAUUUUGAAACAGAGUUUAAUAUCUUCAUAGUUACAUUUGUCAGCACAUUCCUUUUUAUGUCCAUCACUCUGUUUCAUGAAAGUAUCUGGUGGUAUACAAUGUAUUUGGCCUACAAAUUUAAGUGCUGGCUGAAUCACAGAUUGAGAGAAGAGGGUAAUGGCCAAUAUCAAUAUGACGUCUUUGUUUCCUAUAACACUUAUGAUGAGCAAUGGGUAGCGGAGCAGCUACUUCCCAAAUUAGAACAAAAUGGGCCACCUUUUUUUAGGGUAUGUAUCCAUAAUCGUGACUUUGAGAUUGGGAGAGACAUCGUAGAGAACGUAGUAGACAGUAUCUGUAAGAGUAGGUGGACAAUCUGCCUUAUUACACGCAGUUAUCUACAGAGUCACUGGUGCUCACUAGAGAUGCGAAUGGCAACUUACAGACUCCUGGCACAGAGGACAGACUCUCUUAUACUGAUAUUUCUUGAAAAUAUCUCUAGAGAAGAGCUGCAAUAUUACCACAGACUGACUAAGCUGUUGGAUAAGAAAACUUACCUGGACUGGCCCGAUGACAUCAAUGGACAGGCAUUAUUUUGGGCCAGGCUGCGUAAAGUUAUCUGUAGUUACAGAGAUAUAUGUGAUGACAAUACUCUAUGAAGGGUGGCAGGUCACCUAAGAAGGAGCGGAGAUCUUAGCUUUUCUUUGCCACAUAU